AUGCCCGUGGAGCUGGAGUGUGCCUUCAUAGCUGCCCAGUCUGAUAUGUUGAAACUUGGUCCUAUGCAACAUGAUGCCUGGUGGGAGAAAGUAGAAAAUUUGGAAGAAUUGCUUGAGUCCACAGCAAACCAAGUUGAGCAUGCUGCUCUGAUACUAGAUGGCUAUCACGACUUCCAAGAUAAGAUUGACAAACUAGAGGCAUCAUUGGGAGCAACAAACAUAUCAGAGUUCUGUCUUUAUUUGGUUGAUCUUUUGAAGAAAAGGGUAAAAUCAAUAGAAGAACGCUUCCAAGCUUGUAAUCGUGAAAUGCAUUCUCAAAUUGCUUAUGAACACUCAAUAGUGGAGUUUCAUGUUACUCUCAGUAAACUAAUAAAGGAAAGUAAGAAGAAGUCAAUGGAGCAUUAUGCAGAAGGCAUGCCAUCAGAGUUCUGGAGUAGGAUCUCUCUUCUGAUUGAUGGGUGGUCACUUGAGAAGAAAAUAUCCAACAAUGAUGCAAAUAUAUUAAGAGAAAUGGCUUGGAAAAGAGAUAAUCGCCUUCGGGAAGCAUACUUGUCAUCUGGAGGAAUGGCAGAGAGGGAACUGAUAGAUAGUUUUCUAAAGAUGGCACUAACAGGAACCAGUUCUGGUUUGCACAUUGUCCACAUAGCAGCAGAGAUGGCUCCUGUUGCAAAGGUUGGUGGUCUGGCAGAUGUGAUCUCUGGUCUUGGGAAGGCACUUCAGAAAAAGGGGAACCUAGUAGAGAUAAUUCUUCCCAAAUAUGACUGCAUGCAGCAUAACCAAAUCAAUAAUCUUAAGGUUCUAGAUGUUGUGGUGCAGUCCUACUUUGAGGGAAAUAUGUUUGCCAACAAAAUAUGGACCGGGACUGUUGAAGGACUUCCUGUCUACUUUAUUGAGCCGCAGCAUCCAGGCAAGUUCUUUUGGAGGGCACAAUACUAUGGGGAGCAUGAUGACUUCAAACGUUUUUCCUACUUUAGCCGUGUGGCACUGGAAUUGCUUUACCAAUCUGGGAAGAAAGUUGGCAUAAUUCACUGUCAUGACUGGCAGACUGCAUUUGUUGCACCUCUUUAUUGGGAUGUAUAUGCAAAUCUGGGCUUCAGCUCAGCUAGAAUUUGUUUUACCUGUCACAAUUUUGAAUAUCAAGGAACGGCUCCAGCUCAGGAUUUAGCAUACUGUGGCCUUGAUGUUGAGCACCUGGAUAGACCAGACAGAAUGCGGGAUAAUUCACAUGGCAGAAUAAAUGUUGUCAAGGGUGCAAUUGUGUAUUCCAACAUUGUCACAACUGUAUCACCAACAUAUGCUCAAGAGGUGCACUCAGAGGGUGGGCGUGGGCUCCAAGAUACACUUAAAAUGCAUUCCAAGAAAUUUGUUGGAAUACUUAAUGGCAUCAACACAGAUACAUGGAAUCCUUCUACAGAUAGGUUUCUCAAGAUCCAAUACAGUGCUAAUGAUCUAUAUGGAAAAUCAGCAAAUAAAGCAGCUCUCAGGAAGCAGCUCAAGAUGUCUUCUGCAAAUGCUUCCCAACCACUCGUCGGUUGCAUUACAAGGCUUGUUCCUCAAAAGGGUGUACAUCUCAUUAGGCAUGCAAUAUAUAAAACAGCUGAGUUAGGUGGACAGUUCGUUCUCCUAGGUUCUAGUCCCGUACCAAACAUUCAGAGGGAGUUCGAGGGUAUUGCAGACCAAUUUCAGAACAGUAGCAAUAUCAGGCUACUUUUGAAGUAUGAUGAUGCCCUAUCGCAUAUGAUUUUUGCAGCAUCAGACAUGUUCAUUGUUCCUUCUAUGUUUGAGCCAUGUGGUCUCACUCAGAUGAUAGCUAUGCGAUAUGGUUCUGUGCCAGUUGUUCGGAGAACUGGUGGCCUGAAUGACAGUGUCUUCGAUUUCGACGAUGAAACGAUACCCAUGGAACUGCGAAAUGGCUUCACCUUUUUGAAGGCUGAUGAGCAUGGCUUUGAUAGUGCAUUGGAAAGAGCUUUCAACUACUACCAUAGGAAACCUGAAGUCUGGAAACAGUUGGUACAGAAAGACAUGAAUAUAGAUUUCAGCUGGGACACUUCAGCCUCCCAAUACGAAGACAUCUACCAGAGAGCAGCUGCUCGAGCAAGGGCGGCAACAUAAACAGCAGAGACAGUUCCUUGAUGUCUCCAUGGACUCUCCCGGAUGCUGCCUUAACGUAUGGUAUAGAUGCAGUUCUAUUAGCACUGAGCGGAGCAUAUCCGCUGGAGACGCAAAGUAACACAUUGCAGAAUCGCUACCUUACUUGGGUGUACAAACGGCAGCGUGGCGGGGCCACGCUAAUUUGCGGUCGACCGUACGGAGCCUCUCCGUACGGUCGACUUUCCGACAGUGUUUUUUUCCAUUUAUAGUAAGUUUUUUAUUGGCGAAAAAA